AUGCCGACCAUUCCCAUUCCAACCACAAUUAGUCCUCAACAAGGUGGCACCAGUUCCAUAGGUGGGCCACCUGUUCAACCGGUAGGUCACAAUAGUACCCCAACCAUCCCUGAAUCAUCUCCUAGUACACCACUCAAAGCAACCUCAAUAGGUGAGGGUACAUCUACCCGUUGUCAACACUAUUGGCGAAGGUGGUACGAGUUCCAUUGGUGGACCGUUCAACCGGCAGGUCACAAUAAUACCCCAACCAUCCCUGAAUUAUCUCCUAUUUUACCUACUCAAAGCAGCCCAAUAGGUGAGGGUACAUCUUCCCUGAGCAACACUAUUGGCCAAGGCGAAUCUAGUAAUAAUCGUAGGCAGCGGACACUUAAUCUUGUUACUUUGACACCUGAAGGGUUGGAACCUUCUAAAGAAUGCUCUAAUGCCAUAUCCGAGACUUUCAAAAAUCAAGUUGAUGCCGAUGGAAUCAAUUGGAAAGGUGUCUCAGAAGAAACAAAAGAUUUUUAUUUUGGAGAAUUCAAGAAGGUAUACUAUUGGGACUCUUCCAUUCAUGAAACUGCAAUCAAGAAACAAUGGAAAAGUAAGGCAGCAAAAAGGUAUAGGGAUUUCAUUUCCAAAAUAAAAAAGAAAGGAAUUAAGCCAGAUUAUGUGCCUGAUAAUGUGUGGGAAAGUUGGAUGCGACUUUGGGCGGAUCCUAAGUGCGUUGAAAAGUCAGAAAUAAAUGCAAAAAAUCAUUGUGGCGGGGGAGAAGUCGCAGCUGGGACUCACACGGGUGGCUCUAUCUCCAUUGGGGAGCAUCGCAAGAAAUUGGCUGUUGAAAAGGGUCGAGAUCCAACCCCAAGUGAGAUGCAUUUGCACGUCCAUACACAUGGUCAUGAUGGAGAAUCUUUUGUUGAUGAGCAUGCCCGAGCUGUCCAUGAAAGAUAUCUAGAAAUAUUACGGGAAAAAUCACAGUCUCAGUCUGAUAUUGAUCAAUGUGAAGCAUAUUACCUAGCUGUGGGAGGAGAAAAGAAGAGAAGAAUAUAUGGUCUUGGAUCUGAAGCAAAAAGUUACUACGGCCCGAAUCUUCGUGUCUCUUGUGGAUCAGAUGCUUCUUCAUCAGUUCCACCUUCGGUUUCUCAAUCAGCACCAAGAGAAAAUUUGGAGGAGUUAGUGAUGCGUUUGAUUCCUAUUCUUACUGAUCACAUGCUUCCGAUAUUUAUUGAGCAGGCACGUGGAGUGAUUUCUACACCAUCGCAUCAGCCAAAUACUCCUAACGACAACUCAUCGGCUGUGACAUCUAUAGUGCCUCCUCCUACUACUGCUAAUGUUGACGAGGUUGAUCCUUCACUUUCAGAUGAUGACCGUAGUCUUUCACCCAUGCAUUAGUUUUUUAUAUGGUCUGUUUUUUGUUGGAAAGAACAAAAUUAUGCAUUAACAAUGCUUGAUGGAUGUGGGUUCUUUUCAGUACGUAGUUGAUAGAUGCUUGGUGAUGUCGAUGUUUUGGAUGUAA